UAUUUCCCAUGGGGAGCCAUGGCCGCCCACCGUUGGGGUGGUUGGGCUGCUGCCCUAGUUGUCGUCUUGGCGAAGCCCAAGGCAGUUGGUUGGGUUUACUUGGCUGACCCCGGCGAGUCGCCGGAUUGGGACAGGAUCGCCUUCCAUGCCAUGGAUAUCCUGCUGGUGGGCCCCAUGGGUCUGCAGAAGUGCGACUGGACCCCACACCGGCAGCGUGUCUUUCCGUAUCGGCCGCUCUUCAACUGCGAGGCGAGCUUUGGUGUGAACGCCAGCUUGCUGCAUCGCUUUGAAGCGCUGAUCAAAGCAGCACGCUGGAGGAAUCCAGCCCUGGAGAUCAUGGCGGCACAGUGGUAUGCCAGCGACUUCGAGGCUCCCUUGGAGACCUGGGGUGGAAGCUUGGGUGCCCUUGGCCCGCAGGUCUCGGAUGAACAACUGGAAGGCUAUGCCACCAAAGUACAUGCCUUUCUGGAACACUACAACUUGAGCGCUUACGUUUUGGACUACGAAGGCACCAACGUGAUGCACUGGUACCCCCGGCUGUUGGUGAAGCUUGCCAAGGCCUUUCGUGAUGGCGAAGGACAAGGGCAUGGCAUAGGUCUUUCUCCAAGCACUGCAGAGUAUCUCAAGGGCACCAACUCGCUGACGGAUUACGUCUUCCUGCAGACCUACACUCCGGGAGUGAAGCUUGCAAAGUACUUGGAGAUUUUCGAUUCUUCCAAGGUCUUCGUGGGGCAGUGCCUUGGUCUUCGGAAUGGGUGGUGUCCUUUCAACUGCGAUGGCGAGAUCUCCCUUGACACCGCACAGGAGAUGGUGGAGCAACACCACUUGGGAGGUAUACACGUUUGGCGGCUCAACGAUGGCAAUCAGCAGAGCAUGCUGGCUGAGAAUGGCCUCAUGCGCCAGGUCAGCCAGGCUUACGCUCCGCCAAAGAAGCGGCUUCGGGCGAGUUCAGGUUUCUUCAACCUCGCUGAUGCGUUGCUUGACUACCGACCUGCCAACUGUGGCCUUGAACCUUUGCUUUUUAGAGCAGUUCUAGGUAAAGAAUGGGAUUUAUGGUGUAGCGGCCCAAACCAAAUUCUUCAUGACGGAACAACAUCGGAACAACAUCCUUGA